CAGAUUUAUGUCACAAAUUGAAUGAUUAAAUCACAAAUGUAAACAAUAGCAGAAAACCUAAAAAUUACUUAAUAAAAAAAAUAUAAAACAUACUGAAAAUCAGUUAAAAAAAACAUUUAUGUAUUAUCUAGUGUUGUUGAUGAUUAUAGAGAAUUUCUGAAUAACAAGAAUGUCGCGACAUUUGAUUGGCGAUCAAAUAAUCACCGCCACAGAUAACGAACUCCUGGAAGUCAUAACGGAGGAGCGAUGCUCUCCAGCGGUAUUAUCCGUAGAAAUGGAAGCAACCACCAACACAGAAUCCAAGGAAUCCAAAAGACCAAAGCAGCACCAAAGCAGUUGCCAUUGCAACAAAGAAACGGAGCAUUUAAAAGAGAGGGUAGAUCCUGAACAGAUAAAAACGAUUCUGAUGGAAAAAGAGGCGGCUAUAAGGAAGGAGUUCGAAUUGAAAUUGGCAUUGGAAAUAUCACAAUUGAAGGAUAAAUUCGAUUACAUAUUACAGAAUGAGGAGGUUAGAGCUGCACACAUGCUCCAAGAAGCCUACAGAGAACGCCAGGAGAAGAUCACGGCGCUGCAAGCUCAGCUGGAAUGCAAGAAUUUGGCGGGCCUGAUGUUUGUUAUGUGUGCCGAACGCCGGAAGAGCAAGCUGGAGAAAAUGAGGCUCAUUGAAGAAUACUCGGGCUACAUUAGUGCUCUCCAAAACAUCUUGUCUGAGGGUCAGCAGCUGAUCCUACACCUGUCGCGAGGGUACAAAACCGCCGCCAGGGUCGACCACGAGUGGCGCGGAAAGAUGAAGAAAAUCAUAAGCGAAUUUCAAGCUUACGUCCAGCAUUUCAGCGGCUGUCCACCAGAAAUGAAUCAAUACUUGUUCGACCUGCCUGCCCUGCUCACGAUCAAAACGUCUGUACACGACAACCCCAAAGAGGAUCCUAUAGAGCAGGUGGAAGAAGAAACGGCCACGUACGAAGAAGACCACGAGAAUAAUAAUGGUUGGUUCGACCUGCUGGACGCCGAGUGCCGGCCGUUCGUAAUGUUCGGAGACAUGGCGGAGUUCGAGCCACAGCAGAGACGCCACGUGCUGAGCGAAGUGAAGGCGGCUAAAACAGCUCCUAAACAAUGGAAGGAGUAUGUUUUCAAUGAGAUGUUCGUGAAGGCCGACUGUUCGAACGCAGCGUACAUUAAGGACGAAUAUCCGCGCAGGUUGCCGCCACACAUCGAGCGGUGGGAGUGUAUCGGGGUCCAGACUGACUCGCCACCAUCUAAAGUGUCGCUGGAUCAUCAUCGGCGUGUCACAGUCAACAACAGUAUAAGAGGAGACAUGGGCUCCAUAUUGAGGCUAAUAACGUCAAGUGUGCCUCCGUCGGCUACUCGCGCUACAUUACUGGCAGCCAGGGAUUCCAUAGAGAUCGCAUCCGCUACUAAAGUGCGCGAGAAACAUAAGCAGUCUAGCGGCAAAGUCGUGCUUAACAUCGGUAAACACAAGGACUCGCUAUUAAACCAACUUGAGCAGUUGAACGAUGAAGAGAUAUACGGAGAGACAUUGUUAGAUGAAGAGCCAGCCAGCAGUCAACAACAGACUAAAGUACGAGAUGAGGAAGAGGACGUGCCCAUAUCUCUAACUGGAAGUAUCCACGACAGCCUUGAGAUCAUCAACCGAGGGGCUGACAAAGAUUCUAAAAUAAAUUAUGAAAAGGUGUGUCCAAUGGACAAAUGCCGUCGCAUGCGAGUGGAUUCCUUCAUGAGGUCCCUUCCGCCCUAUAUGAGAGCCAGCCCUUUCAUACACUUCGAGCAAACCUACGACGACUACGAAACUUGCACACCGGAACAAUUGGAGAUCCUAAUGCAAAGGGUAGAUGAGAAGAAGAAGAAACAGAAGGCACAGUCGACAUUUUCAGUGAUGGAGAUGGAUCCGUUGCGCGAGUGGUGUGGCGAGAGCGACGCGGUGGCGGUGCAGACAUCGCGCGAGUCGCUGCCCGCCUGCACCUGCGCCGCACCCUCGCCCACGCCCGCUGACAGCAUGCAAAGGAUCUACGACCUUGCUGAUCUCAUUCCGGUCAAACAAACCUUGGACGAGAUACGAAAAGACUGCUUCUAUGAUAGGGACAUAGAAUUUGACAGAUUCAAAGUCAUCGGAGAAAAGAGCAGUGAAAAUCUAAAGGAAGAUUCCAAAGAGAACUUUGCUAAGAGAAGACUUUCCGGAAUUAAAAGAAUUCUGAAGAAGCACCCGAGUUUAUGUGAACUGUUCCAGGCCAACACUCAAUGCUGAAAAUCAAACCCAAACAUGUACCAUACAACUUUAUUUCUAAAUCACAAGUAUACUAAAACCUAAUAAAAAAAGUGCAAAACACGAUGACUUUUAUUCCUAAACAAACAAUGAUUACUAGAAAAUUUGGUAAAUUACACUUCAAAACAUGUUUAGACUUCGACGCGACACUUCUUUAAAUAUAUAAAUAAUUAAAUUCACUACAUUACAUAAUUAAGAUCUGUAGAAUUAUAACUAGGAGCAAUUAUGUCUUUGAUUUCAUUCUUUAUUGAUGCUUCUAUAGUCGUUAUAUUGUCAGAACUAUCCUUGAAUUCUUCAACCUCUAAAGAAUCAGGGGGGCUCCUUUCUUCAUUUUCCACAUUAUUAAUUUGUUGGCCCUCUUGAGAUUCCACACCUUUCGGUUCAACAUUUUGUUUAUCCUCAUCAAGUGGUUUAUCUUCAUAGUUUUUAAUAUCCUGGAAAACGUCUGAUUUCACAACGUCUAUAGGAGUAACUUGAUUGUUAAGCAUAUCUGAAGAUAAAACUUCCGUUAUACUGGGCUUCGAUAAUGUCUUAAGAUUGGAAGAUUCAGUUUUAAGUACAGGAAUUUUAGAUUCUUCCUUAAGUAUAGAAAUUUUAGAUUCUUCCCUGGGUAUAGGAAUUUUAGAUUCUUCUCUGGGUAUAGGAAUUUUUGAUUCUUCUCUAGGUAGUUUCGAGUUCGAUUCGAUAGUUUUUACUGAAGAUUUUCUACUGAGCGGCAGCACAUCAGUAACGACAGGCGAUUGUAUUGUUUCAAAAGGUACAGCAAGACUGUUUUGGUAUGCUUCUGCUUCUUUACGUCUAGUUUGUUUUCUUUCGAGCUGCUUUUGAAGCUCCUCUAUCCUUUCUUCUUUGAGUUUGAGCAAGUCAUCUAAAUGUUCCAC